GCGAGGGUUGCUGUUCCCAGUGCUGAUUCCAGCUGGAGGCAGGAGGCUGACUGCGGGUGGGAACCGAUCGCGACGUUUCCUCUCCUGCCCGUCGUUUCUCAUCUCCGCGGCUCGAUCCUUGGAGGAAGAAGGGGAAAAAAAGAACACCAAACCGAACGAAAUGGAUUGUUAGCGAAUGCGUGCGAUGGAUCAAUGAGAAUAAUGGAUUCGCGUUACUCUCUUUUCUUCGUCUUUUUCACUCUACAUUUCCAUCUCAUAGCCUCCGCAGACAGGAAAUUUGGUUGCUUGUUUGAGGAUGAGCUGUGUACCUCGUACGAGAUCUGUGUCAACGAUGGAGUGUUUGGGAGGUGUCACAGUAUCCCAGUGACAGAUGUUUACACGUACGAAGUGUCACCGUCCGUCCUACAGCGCUUGAGGACCCUGCUUCAGAAGCUGGCCCACAGGGGUUUGACUUGGGAAGAUGACAUCACCCAGCAGGCAAUUUCCAAGGAGUUGUCCAAGCUGCGGAAGGUUUCCUACAGACGGCCAGAGAGCGGCGUGGUGGACGUCAGCGGCCUGUCCCGGGUGUCGGGCCCGAGCGGGGACGGAGCCAGGAAGCUGAAGCCGGAGGAGGCAGAGCUGGGAAGGUCCCUGCAAAAGUACCUGCAGCGUGUCGGCCUCCUCCCCCAGUCCUCCGGCCCCAGGCCCAAGGGCGAGAGGCCCCUGAGGAAGAAUGAGGGCCUGCUGUCGGGGCGCCUGACGGAUUACUAUCAGCCAAAAUCCCUGGGAAAGGGGAAGUCCGUACCCCCCGUUUUCACUCCGGCGUCCUCCUUCGAGCCCCCGUACCCCGACGCGGCCCCAGCGGGUCAGUCUUUCGGGCCGUACGGGGCUGAGAGACCCCCCUCGGCGGUGAGCUUCCCCGGCACUCGGUCCGGCAGCAGCCAGCUCCUGGUGGCGGCCCUGCAGCGGUACCUGGCCAGAGAGCUGGCGGCUGAGCGUGCGGGAGCGGAGCAGUCUGGGAAGAUGUACGGAGCCCGACUGCGCCCGUACCUGAGCAAGGCAGAGAGCGUGAGCCCCAAAGACGGCCUCCAGGGGUACAGCGGCAGGGUGAUCGGCGAGGACACCAAAGCUCAGAGGCCCGGCAGCGACCGUCUACUUUUCAAAGCUGGGUCCGGCUCUCCUGCAGCGAAGAACCCCCUGACAUCGGUGGAUGAGACCUUCAUCCAGACCGUGCUGAAGCAGCUGGGCAAACACAACGUCAACGUGGACGCUCUGAGCGGCGAGGAGCUGGACCAGCUGGCCGACGUCAUCGCCGACGCCCUGCAGGUGGUGGACGAGGGGGCGGGCGCCAGGGCGGGAGGCCAGAGAGACAUGAAGAGAGUGCCCCCGCCCGCCGCCCAGCUCGACCAGCAGGAGGCGCCAGAGGACAGCCUGCUCCAAGAACAACAAAUGGAAGGAGAAGAAAAGCCAAACUCCAGUGACAAGGAUGCGGGCCUGGUUGGCAAGCUGCUGGAGUACCUGGAUAAGAACUCGUUCAGCGACGCCGCUGUCCCGGACGCCCCGGCGGAGGAGGAGAAGGGCAGGCUGACGGGAGCGGUGGGGGUGGAGAACGUGAGGAGCAGAACCUCCCGGAAGGACCUGGCGGUGCAGAAGAAGGAGGCGGCGGAGGCGGAGUCCGGCGAGGGGGGCGGGGAGAGGGAGCGGGGGAUCCCCGCGGCCGCGGUCGCCGCCCUCGCCGCCGCCCCGCUGCCGGCCGCCGCCCUCGUGCUUGCCGAGCCGCAGAAGAAGGACAUGCGCGUGGAGGAGGAGCUGCAGCUGGACGUGCAGGCCGUCUCCGCCACCGAGAGGGAGGGCGACUACGGCUACAUCAUCACCGACGCGGACUCCCUCAGCACGGACCAGGGCCUGCACCUAAUGGAGGUUCUGGCACACAGCAUGAAGCUGCAGAUGACCGACUUCCUCGAACUCUCAGUGGUGGGCCCAGCUGUGACCUUCAAAGUGCGCCCCAACCCUCAGAACAUCUCCACGGCAGAUGUGGCCAACACAGCUGCUCAGCGGAAGGACAGGCUGGAGAAGGAGACGGGCCUGAGGAUCCUGGAGACCGGAGUCACUGACAAAAGCAAACUGAACCAGAUUCCGACCAAGUACAACCAGGCCGAGUCGACCAAGUUCCUGAUCCUGACCGUCAUCUCCAUCGUGUGCAUCAUCGGCGUGCUGGUGGCCUCGGGGGUGGUCUACUGCAUGCGCCAUCGCUCGCAUCACAAGCUGAAGGAGAAGCUUACACGAUUGGGCACCGACACCGGCUCUGAUGCCACCUCCACCUAUCAGGAGCUCUGCCGGCAGCGCAUGGCGGUUCGCACGUCGGAGCGUCCCGAGCCGCUGCACUCCUCCCGCAUCAACAGCGUCUCCUCGCAGUUCAGCGACGGGCCCAUCCCCAGCCCCUCGGCCCGCAGCAGCACCUCCUCCUGGUGCGAGGAGCCCGUGCAGUCCAACAUGGACAUCUCCACCGGUCACAUGAUCCUGUCCUACAUGGAGGACCACUUGAAGAACAAGAACCGCCUGGAGAAAGAAUGGGAGGCGCUGUGCGCCUACCAGGCCGAGCCCAACGCCAGCACCAUCGCCCAGAGGGACGGCAACGCCAAGAAGAACCGCUCCAACUCCGUGCUCGUGUAUGACCACUCCAGGAUAACCCUGAAGGUGGAGAAUAACCAAGGCAGUUCUGAUUACAUUAACGCCAGUCCCAUCAUGGACCACGACCCCCGAAACCCGGCCUACAUCGCCACCCAGGGCCCUCUCCCCUCCACCGUCGCAGACUUCUGGCAGAUGGUGUGGGAGAACGGGUGUGUGGUUAUCGUGAUGCUGACCCCCCUCACCGAGAAAGGAGUCAAGCAGUGCUACCACUACUGGCCGGACGAGGGUUCCAACCUCUACCACAUCUAUGAGGUGAACCUUGUUUCUGAGCACAUUUGGUGCGAAGACUUCCUGGUGCGGAGUUUCUACCUAAAGAACAUGCAGACCAACGAGACUCGCACCGUGACACAGUUCCACUUCCUGACCUGGCUGAACCAGAAUGUUCCGGAGUCCAGCAGAACCCUCCUAGACUUCCGCAGAAAGGUUAACAAAUGCUACAGGGGUCGGUCUUGUCCAAUAAUAGUCCACUGCAGUGACGGGGCCGGACGGACCGGGACGUAUAUUCUGAUUGACAUGGUUCUCAAUAAGAUGGCAAAAGGUGCUAAAGAGAUUGAUAUUGCUGCCACGCUGGAGCACUUGAGGGACCAGAGGCCUAGCAUGGUCCAGACAAAGGAGCAGUUCGAAUUCGCAUUGACAGCUGUUGCGGAGGAGGUGAACGCCAUACUCAAAGCCCUUCCUCAGUGAGAGCUCUGGGCCACAGCGACCUUCCCCCAGGACUGCGCCGUUCCACCUCCUCCUCCUCACCCCUUUCAGUCCGUUAGUGUCGUGCCAGAACCGUGACCCGAUCCUCGCUAUGUGCCCCCCCCUAUCUUGUGACCUGUUAGGAGUUGUUUCCAGGCAGAAAAAAAAAAUUUAGCACUGAAUGAAAUUAGUGAAAACGUGUUUCAGAAGGUACUACAAUAGCAUUUCUCCAUGUUGAACGAACGAAAUGAAACAAGCAUUCAGAAAUUUGUUUUUAGUUGUAUGUACAGUAUGUCAUGUUUUGGGUCAAGGCAUCUUUGUCGUAAUUAGACCUACAUAGAUUCAGGAAAUUCUGUUUACUUGAACAGGUUAUGAAGUUUGAUUUUCAGUGUCAUGUCUUCGGUUGUAGCUGCGUGCUCUUUUUCUCGUAAUAUUGGCUGUUACAGUUAAGAACAGUUGGGUGGAACUGUAUUUUAAAAGGGUGUUAAAAGUAGCCGUGUAUUUAUGAAAAUUCAGAGAUUUAAAGAGAUAUAAAGACAUAAUAUUGUGUCCUUGCCGCAUUUGUUUAAAACUCAUAUUAAAUGGAAAAAACCUCAGUAAUAAUUAAAACAUAAGCAAUAUGCGUAUCUUCAGAUGGGCAGAAUUUUAACAACAAAUUAUUUUAAUGUUUGGACCUAUUCAACAUAUUUCAUGUGUGUGGCCCAUGUGUGUAAUUAUAUAAAAACCCCUACAUUCAAGAAAGGUUCCAUAAAUUUGCGUUUGUACAACAAAAAUAAUCUGUGUGUGUAAAUAGAACGAUGACUUCAGAUUAAUAAUAAUAUCACUCCAUCGUUGGUGAUUUGUGAACAUUAAAGAGACACUGUACUUCUCCCCAGCAUGGUUUUCUUUUCCUUGUAAAGACAGGUACAGUGCUUUACAGAAACACCGUAAGCUUUACUCCGGCGCUCCCUGCUGUCACGCUCCUUCUGGGAUUGAAGUGUUCUCUCCUUCAUACUGCCAUUAUAUUUAUGUCAAAAUUGUCUGUCUUUUUUUUUUUUUUUUUUUUGAUUUGCUUUGAUGCUGCUCUCAAAGGUAUCCGCUGUCUCCGUUAUGGAUCUGUCGCCAUGGUAAUGAUAUCCUUCAGCACUUUUACGAUGAACCUGCUGUUGCCUCUCAGUUCUGUUUGGUGGAGCAACGCCGUCGAGUAAUGGACAGGAAGGAAGCCACUCGAAAGAGAAGAGUCAUGGUAGGGGUGUCCACGAUCAGCUGCAAUCACGGCUCCACAUGAUGGUGGCACAGAGUCACCUACUGGCACUACAGUUUACCACUGAUAUCGGUUUUAAUGAAGAUGCCAAGUGGUAGGAAGCCAGUGCCAUUAUUAGUGUGCAAUGCUAUAGUUAAGGAUUUAAGCCUCUGUGGUGGCGUCCAUACAGAGAACUCGUGUUACUUGUUUUGAGCCCGAGACUUCCACCUCGCAGGAAAAACGAAGCUUUACUCGAUAAAUUGAUUCGCUCCUUGCAUACACUUCUUACUGAAAUUUCCAGUGCCUGGAAGGCCUUGGGUUUGAAGCAUGCAGGAUGUGCGUGUUGCAUGCGGGUUUGAUCUUGAUCGCUUCAAACCGUUGUGAAAACACUUCCUUAGACAUAGUCUGCAGCUCUUUUUUUUUUUUAACACGUCAAGGAAACGUAAGAAACAGACCCAUUUUGAAGAGUAGGAAUAAGGGCUGUAGUCCUGGAAUUAAAAAAAAAAAAAAAAUCAAAUU